AUGUCGGAAGACCAAGCCGCGUAUACGGAUACAAAUAUGGCAGAUCAAGAUUCAGGUCCGAGUAAGAAUACUUCCAACAUCAAUACCGAAGACUCGACAAUUCCAUCUACAAAAUUAAACUCGCCGUCUACCUCACCGUCGCCACAUAGCAAACCCUGUACUAUAUGCCAUACACCUCGCGAUGUGUUGAUACGUUGUCAGAUUGAUGAAACGAAAAAAUGGCAUUUCGUAUGUACGGGUAGAUGUUGGAAGGAUGUCAGUGGAGGGAAAGUAGAUGGUGAUGGCAAACAUCCAGAGUAUCGGUAUGGAGGGAUGUGGAAGAACAAGCAUGAGGCGGUUAGUGCAAAGAUCAAGGGCAAAGCGAAGGAUAGAAAUAGGAGGAAGGAUGCUGGGAAGUCGGAGGACAAUGUGAAAAAUGGAGAGCAGGAAAACGAAGUUUGA